UGAAUUUGAAGGGCCUGACGCUCCAAAAGAACACUAACUUUUUCAGCGGUAGUUCCAUCGAAGCCACAACCUACAUUCUUUCGUGUAGCGACCUAUCCUGUUAUUCCGAAUUUCAAGUAACAUCCGAUAUUUUUACAGAAGUCGCCCCUUGAGUAUUUUCUUUCAUCUGUGCUACGGCGUUUCUCUCGAGGUUGGCCGUGAAAAACUGCGCCACCAUCAAGAUGGCGGCUUCAGCAGCAGACAAGGGAUCGCACUGCACGAACGUGCGUCCGCUUUUUCUUUUUUCAUACAGAACAAGAGUUAUUCCGACAGGAUUGCACCCCAUGCGAGUGCUUUAUUCCUCCCGUAGGGCAAUUCGUGCCUGCACAAUGCGCUCCUCCGGCGGAAAAACCAUCGAUACUGUUUAUGUUGCCUAUACAUUCCCUGAUGAAAGAAUGGAGAACCCAUUCGACACGAACGGGAAGGCGAAGGGUAGUACUGUUCCAAAAGAGUUGACGGAGAACGUCGUGGAGCCCGGACAGUUAUACUUUUCCCUGCGGGAAAACGCCAACAAAUGGCUGACGAAAGAAAUCGCACAAAUGAAGGAGGCCCCGACGUUGCUGUGUCUAAUGGAGAUGACCGGCCCAGACACUUUCCGGGAGCAUUAUCGUGCGGUGUUCGGGGAGGGUGGCUGUGGAAAUCAGCGUUAUCAGUUGGCGAUGUUCGGGUGCGGGUCUAUCUCUAUGCAGAGCAGAGAUGCAGCGAAGAUCGAGGCCGAAGUUUCUGAUUUGCUCGCGCUUGUGGAGGGCUCUUCUCUCGUUCCUGGAAGUUGUGGUCCCAAGGAGUCGAGCUGCACUUUUGCGGAUGGAACAAACGGAGUCCCAGCCGCGGAUCGGUGCGGCGCCUAGAAGAUGAGGACGGAACGAGGACGAGAUGUAAGUACAUUGACUCAACAUACGCAAAUUUGAUGAUCCGCCUCGGCUGCUGUGAACUCCUUGCGUGCCCCUUACUUCCAUGCGCUUUCAUGCCUUAAUAAUUCGAUUUAUCUCUGUCGACCCCACAGGAAAAGAUUAUCUAUCUCGUUUUCUUCUUGCGUCAGAAACUCUGUAUUUUCGAAUGGGUCCUCACGAAAAAUCAAACUGAGUGGAAUCAUCUAUCAGGUACCUUGCCAGCAGCACCAGGUGGUCGCGAAGAAGUUGAAAUUUGCAACUUUUGUCCGGGCUAAGAACAGUUCCUUAACAUUAUAACUUCCAAACCUAUUUCAAGAAUUUGAUGAUAUCGAUCACGUCCUUCACCUUGACAUGACCAUUCUACUACAUCACUGUGUGCUGGGAAAAGGUGCUCAGCCAUUGCGUUCCAUGC